AUGGGGUUUUUCGACCAUCUCCAGCAGAAAGGAGUUGGCGCAAUCCAGGCGCAAAAGGUCCAGAUCCGAAAGGUAGAGAGCAGAACCCCUAUCCAGGCGUCGCCCUCUGCUCCCAAAUCGAAGCCUUUACGACCGCGAUCGGAGCCAGUAUCAAAGCCGGCUGUAAACCCCGCCACUUCGCUGACAUCGAAACCAAAAGUGUCGACCUCGCGCAAGAGAUAUUUGUCAGAACAAACCUUCAGUACCAGCAGUGAUGAUAGUGAUACAGAUGCGUCGUUGGAUUUUCGAAUAGCAAAGCGGUCAAAGACUAGCUUGAGUGUUGAACCGGACUUAGAACGUUGCGUUCGGGAUCGAGAUGCGUUUUCGGAACAGGCUACAUCCUUUUCGAUUGUGCACGCCGCCGAUGUUGCAUCCUUGGGUGCGCCCGCAAAGUUUCAGAGUGCAUUUGAAUCAGAGGAGAAGGCGGUUACAGUGUCACUACGAUAUCCUGGUGCGCUACAGAAAGAGAAAUAUCAACUAGUUGUUCCUCAUGAUAAUGAAGGUUUUAAGCCCCUUGACGAUAUAGUUCAGGUCAUCACCAUAGUCUCGCAGCAUCACGUUCCCGAAACCUGUCGGGCGCCUUUUGAAGACGAAGCUUCUGGGAUAUUACGCCGCCUACGGCGUGCGCUUGUUCAAGGCUCUGCCCCCAAAUUUAUCGAUGCGAUCGAGGCAUACAAUAAGAUUAUAAAACGACUGCGGCAAGAUGAAUCAAUCUCUCGGCAUCUAGAUACGACACAUGUGGUUGCACUUCCACUGGUGGAAAGGAUAUUGACCCAAGUAUAUUCAAGGACUGUCUCACCUCGAGUUGAAUCACUUCGCCAGUAUGAAAAUGGUACCGACAAUGUCUAUGGGGAGCUGUUACCGCGCCUCAUCUCGGAGAUUUUCGCAAAUACCCGCUUGAAAUCGAACCAAGUCUUCGUGGACUUGGGUUCUGGUGUUGGGAAUGUGGUUCUGCAGGCGGCGCUGGAAGUCGGCUGCGAGAGCUGGGGUUGUGAGAUGAUGCAGAACGCCUGCGACUUGGCGGAGCUUCAAGAAAAAGAGUUUAUUUCUCGCUGCCGCUUGUGGGGCAUCGCCCCUGGCAAGACAAGGCUAAUAAGGGGUGAUUUUCUUGAAGCGGAGGGAAUUGCCUCUAUUCUCCGCAAGGCCGACGUUGUGCUAAUCAAUAACCAGGCUUUCACCCCUGAGUUAAAUAAUAAAUUGGUCAAUUAUUUUCUUGACAUGAAAGAAGGCUGUCGGAUCGUUUCGCUUAAAUCUUUUGUCCCUGCCGGGCAUAGGAUUCAAUCCCGGAACCUGAAUUCACCCAUCAACUUACUAUCGGUUAAGAAGAAGCAUUACUGGUCUGACAGUGUCAGCUGGACCAAUGCCGGAGGGACAUACUUCGUUGCCACAAAGGAUAGUAGUCAGCUAAAGGCUUACUUGGAAAGUAUGUCCUGA